GCGCGCAUGCUCCUUGGAGGUGUUUUUCCAUGACGGCUAGUCUGUACACCCAAACAACAAUUAGCUUCCACUUGCAAACAACACUGCAAUGAGACCAGGUACCGCGCAACACCAGCACGAUGACAUCUUUUCCACAUCGAAAACGUACGUGGAGCACAUGUGCACACACGUAAUGCACGUAAUGUAGGCCUAAACCAAUUUUCAAGAAAUUCAACCUGUCGUUAAUAAGUGCCGCGAAAACCCACGUUGUGCUGUUGACACGAUGGCGGGCAUUCGCGACUCCUCCAAACAAUGUUUCCCGCUGCAGGACAUCAAAUCGGUGGUGUCACUCUUCCGGACAGAACUGACCGAGACCACGGAGCCCAACCUGGCCAUGCUGUCCAUCGCAACUGGCAUCAUCGAGAACGUAUUCACCAGUAACCGCGGUGGCGGGCCCGGGUCGUCCUCCUCAGAUCCCGAGGCAAUCGUAGGCCGUGCUGCUGUCAACAACAGCGGUAUAGUUGCGGCAGUGGCCGUGGCCGCGGCCCCGGUGGGUAUCGAACCCAUCUUUCCCGUGGUGGAGUUGCCCAGCGUGGAGGCUCUGUAUUGCAAGUUCGAGACGCAGAUCAAAGGCUCCGUCGAUCUCAGCGACUACAAACCUGGUUACGCCACAAGAGGGUUGAUCAAGAAGGUCUCAGACAUCAUCUGGAGUUCACUUACAAGGUCGUAUUACAAGGAGAAGGCACAUCUACAGUCACUCUUCAGUUAUCUUACAGGAAACAAGUUGGACUGUUUCGGUGUAGCUGUUGCCGUGGUAGCAGCAUGUCAGAUUCUUGGCUACGAGGAUGUUCAUCUGGCGCUGUCGGAGGACCACGCGUGGGUGGUGUUCGGAGAGGAUGGCACGGACACGGCUGAGGUCACAUGGCACGGCAAGGGAAAUGAGGACAAGAGGGGACAGUCAAUAAAGCUGGGUGUAGCAGAAGGAAGUUGGUUGUAUCUCAAUGAUCACCCGGUAGUCUGCGAUAGAAGGAUGGAGGUGGCUGCUCUAGUCUCUGCUGUCAACCCCUCUGUGAGCUCUUCACUGGACAGCAUAGAGCUUGCGUCGCUUCAGCAGGACCUGAUGUGGUUACUUUAUGACCUUGGCCAUCUCAAAAAGUAUCCGAUGGCCCUCGGUAACCUUGGCGAUUUGGAGAGUAUAGACCCAACUCCUGGUCGGCCGUCAACUAUCGAGUUGUUCGAAGAAGCGAUAGCGGUAGCCGAGAAUGAUUACGAUAACCACCACGUGUACCCCUACACGUACCUAGGAGGUCACCUAUACCGCAACUAUGAGUAUAAGAAGGCUAUGGAGCAGUGGGCUGAAGCCUCAGGAGUCAUCAGUCGGUAUAACUACAACAGGGAGGAUGAGGAAGUCUACAAAGAGUUCAUGGAGAUUGCCAAUGAUUUGAUUCCUUACAUCGUCAAGACUGGCUCUGCUGGCGGUGCCGAGGCACCUAUGAAAGUCAUCAAUGAUCCCGAAUGCUACGGCGACUUUCUGCGUUUCUACGAUGGCAUCUGUCUGUGGGAGGAGGGAAGCACCACUCCGGUCCUACACAUCACCUGGGCCAAGCGCUUCAUUGCCUCAUUGACCCGAUUCUCAGCCGACAUCCGGGAAUUGGUUGAAGUGGAAUCAGGUAGGUCUUGUAGGUUUCACUUGGAGGAGGAAGGGCAGGGGGAAAACGGAAACGAUGAGGAUGGGAGGGAGGCCAAGAAUGAAGUCAAGGAGGAAGAGACGGAAGUCAAGAAAGAGGCCAAAGAAGAAGAAGCUGGUGUUAAGAAAAGGGAGGACUUCAACCAGAAUAUCGUCGUCAAAGGCAGCAGACAAAAGAAGACUGGACUGUCCUUGGGCACAGAUGGCCAGGGAAGAACUGACGCCAAGGGCGUAGACACGGCGAGUGCUGCCACACCGUUUGUGGAUGCGUCUUGCAGCGACACCAUGCUGAACUCGGAGACGGACUUCAACGACUUCUUGAGCACGAGGAGCAACGGCAGCGCUUUCCCCGGCAUGACCAUGGAGUCGGUCAUGAAGGCUGAGAGUCCCGCAGAGAUGGCCUUCAGCCGGCGGUGGAAAUCGCAGAUGUCGGAAGACGAGGAAGGCAAGGAAUUGGAAGACGAUCCGGACAGUCUGAACUCUAGCAGCGACAGUUUGGGUUUGCCGGUCUGCCGGCCACCUGUGGCUCACAUUAUGCUGUACAGUGCCAAGAUGUUGGCGCUGAGGGAGAUCCUGACCAGCUCGGGGAAACUCAACAUGGCCGCCAUCCAACUACAGCUGACUGCUCAGUCGCAGGUACACGUCAGUAAGCGGCCACGCUCUAUCAGCGAGUAUGAGGACUAUGGCAGUCUAAGGAGGCGGCCAAGACGAGAGUAAUGCAGGAUUACUGUCAAGAUACAAAAAGAAAAAAAAAAUGAUGAAAAUGAAAAACGGGUUUGUAUUGAUACUGAAAUGUUGCAUUUGUGACCAGAUCUGAACAAAGCAAGCAUACACGUACGCUCUGAUUGUUACACGCUUGCCCUUACUUGCGGCUUGCACAAAAGUUCAAAUUUUUUCAAAGCCUGACGCUGAGAUAAUGGAUUUCAGUUUUAAAAUAUUUAGAUAUUCUUUUUUGAAGUUGUAAACAAAAAAAAAGGUGUUUUGUAAGAUUUGGUCACAUCUGGUCACGUUUUGAGAUGUACAGGCGUCAAUCCAUAGUAUGCUUGUGUAUGACUUGAUCAGCGCACUGCAAUAGUGUGUUUUAUUUUUUCGCCCUGUUAUUGCCAUCCUCACGAGAUAUGUUUACCAAAGAGUCGAUUUAUUUGGCCAAGUUGAAAGCGACCGAAAUGUUGAGUCAUUCAGAUAAAAAAAAAGUGCAGGGGUGUACAUGUAUGUAGUAUUUUCCUUACUGAUGUAAAAUAAUGCUUUCAAAAAAUUUGAAUUUUUAAGAUGAAUUUUUUUGUCUGUGCAUUUAUGCAGUGUGCUCCUGCCUGGCUUAAAUUAAUUUUUUUGUCAAAAUCUGAUAUAUAAAAAGGUAUUAUAAAAAUGUCCCCCUUUUUUUUCCUGCUUAGACAUUUAAUGUAACUUUCAGGAAAAAUAUCCUGAAAUGAAUUUUCUAGUUGUACAUCUGUGGAUAUUACUAUGUCGUAAACAUUCCAUUUUAAAAUGGCUGUUUAUAGCUAAUAAUUUGCUGAGUUUUUCGAUGCUACCAAAAACGUUUCAUAAAAAUUCAUUAUGAUACAUGUAUAUUUUGUAAGUUGAAUUUUAAUGGUUCAAUAGAAUUGUGCGUAGGAUGGCCAUUAGUAAAACAUGAAAUUGCACCUUCUGUGGGAAGGCCUGGCAAAUUUUAAUUUUAGUUCCCUGUAUUUUCUCUUUUUAAAAUUUUUCCCACCGUUUUUAAUUAUUGAUAAAUUCUGAGAAGGAAAAAGCAGUCAUUUUUUUAAAAGCAUGAAAUGCAUUUCAAUCAAAUCAGAGAAAUUAAAUACAAUUUUUUUUUUUUAUCUCUUGUUUUUGUAUUGACCAAUCUAACGUGAGACAUAAACCCAAAAAGGGGUUUGAAUUCUGUCAGAAUGUUUGACCUUUCAAAUGAAUAUUUUCCAUGUGAACUACACCCAAAAAAAUGAUGUCAUUCUUGUGAAGACUUGCUGGUAUUGGAUAAAUUCUUGGUGAACUCAUCGUGUUACUUAUUUUUUUUUUUUUUAGAUGUUUACAGAAAUAUGCAGUAGUAGGCAGCUGAUACAUUUUAGUCAAUAGUUUUCUGCAUGCAGCUGAAGAGUGUAUAAACGUUUUUCCUUUUUUAAAGAGAUUAGCCUGUUCUUUUUUAAGUGGAACCUUCUAACAUUUUUCUGUCUGUUUCGGGUUUUCGGCCUGAUAUUCUGCCAAAGACAAGCAACGGGUUGAGAAAAAUCAAUUAACAAAUUUUGAUAGCAGUUAAAAUGCUUAAUACAAAUCUCCAUCAAAGUUCCAGUGCUUUUUGACAAACUUCAGGCUUUCAACUAUUCCUACUUUUCCUACUUUUUUCUUGAAAUUCAUACUUUUUCCUACUUUUUGUCCCACAACUCCG